AGUUGUUGAAGCAGCGAAUGGUUGAAGAAGGAGAACCGAUUGUGUCUGUGUUGUUUGCUGGAAGAGAUUUUUUUUUAAUCCGCGAUUUUCCUUUACCAAACUGUUAUUUGUUCGAUUUUUGUUAAUCGAUAGUUUAUCGCUAGUGCUCAACCGGCCGGUGUACAUCGGAAAACAAAUUUACUGACGCCUCCGUGAGUGCGACGGAACGAAUUCUCUUUUUUAAUGGGGCGUAGUUGAUCUUCCUCUGUGACAUUUUAGCAUUUUAUCGACGCUUUCCGGGUUCUUUAUCGACCGGCCAUUAUUCCGGAUUAGACCAAAAUAAGAUUGGAUAAAUUUGUAUUACCGAAAUGACUGACACUAGUACGGCGGACGAGCUGCCGCCACAAACCAACGGCAUCAACAAUGGGAUUUUGGACGAAGACGAACAGGAACGUAUGCGUAUCCGUCCAGUGGAGAUUGACGCUGAUGUGCGUGAAAUGGAACGAAGAAAACGAGUCGAGAAUAUUAUGAAUAGCAGACUUUUUAGAGAGGAAUUGGAAAGGAUAAUAGAAACACAAAUGAGGGAUGGUUCAGGCGCUAGCGCUACAGGGCUACUGCAACAGAUCUCGGAUAUGGUCGGAGUGAGCAAGCAAGCUGGCAACGUUUUUAAAAAUUCCAAUUGUGUGAUACCAAUUAAUGACAUUCGAGGUAUCGAGUCUAUGGGUUAUGCCAAAGGCGAAAAGAUCCUCCGAUGCAAAUUGGCAGCUGUUUUUAGACUAAUCGAUUUAUACGGCUGGACUCAAAGUCCUAGCGCUUUAAUCACAGCCAGAUUGAAUCAGGAAGACGAACAGUUCCUGGUCAAUCCGUACGGAAUGCUUUUCCAUGAAGUAACAGCGUCCAGCUUGAUUAAAGUUGACAUGCAAGGCGCAGUUCUGGAACAAGGCACCACCAAUUUUUCCGUUAACGUGACAGCUUUUUCGUUGCACGCAGCCGUACACGCAGCGCGGCCGGACUUGCGCUGUAUCAUUCAUGUACGUACACCCUCUGUAGUAGCUGUUUCAGCAUUGAAGCACGGGCUAUUGCCUCUGAGUCAAGAAAGUGUUGUGGUGGGGGAAGCCAGUAUUCAUGUUUAUUUGGCUGGUUUGUUGGAUGCCGACGAAAAGGACAAAUUGGCUAGGAACUUGGGGCCUGUCAAUAAAGUGCUGUUGUUGACCAAUCAAGGUGCCCUAUGUUGUGGUGAAACAAUGGAAGAAGCCUUCUUCAAUGCCCGCAACACGAUUUUGGCGUCCGAAACUCAACUCAAACUUCUACCUGUCGGCAUUGACAAUCUUAUUUUGCUCAACGACGAGGCGAGGAAGAAAAUCUACGAUACCGCCCAUAGGGCUCCCGAAAGUACUCCCAGACCCGAUCAACCUUCAGUGUUAGAGGGCAAAGUGGAAAGAAAGUGGCGCGUCGGCGGAGUGGAGUUUGAGGCUCUAAUGCGUAUGAUGGACAAUGCUGGAUUCCGUACUGGUUAUAUUUAUAGACAUCCGCUGGUCAAAGGGGAACCGCCAAAACCUAGGAACGAUGUUGAAGUGCCUCCGGCUGUUUCUUCUCUCGGAUAUCUGUUGGAGGAAGAGGAGUUGUAUAGACAAGGCCUGUGGAGAAAACUGGAAGGCGGCAGAAAAGGAAACGACCGUAGCCGUUGGUUGAAUUCACCCAAUGUCUAUCAAAAAGUAGAAGUUUUGGAAACGGGCACUCCGGAUCCCAAAAAAAUCACUAAGUGGGUCGCUGAAGCUUCUCCCAGUCAUUCCAGUACACCGAUGAAAAUCGAUGCCGCUUUGCAAUUCGUACCUCAGGGGACCAAUCCAAAGGAAUUCAAACAAAGACAGCAACAGAUUAAAGACUAUAGAAGAGCUGACAAAAUAUCUGCCGGCCCUCAGUCGCACAUCUUGGAAGGCGUUACAUGGGAAGAAGCCCGUAAAAUGCAAGAUGCUGUUGUUACACAAACAGGUGACCAGGUAGUUUUAAUGGGCGCAGCUUCCAAAGGUAUCAUUCAGAGAGGCCAUCAGCACAACGCUACGGUGUACAAGAGCCCUUACGCCAAAAACCCAUUCGAUUGCGUUACAGAUGAAGAACUGGAGGAUUAUAAAAAAGUUGUAGAAAAGAAAACGAAAGGAGAAUACGAUACGGACUAUAGCGAAUCAGAAGGUUUGUCUUCUGCUCAAAUUAACAAACAAUUAGAUAAUCUUCAUCUCAGAUCCCCUACUUCAAUGACUAGUGAAACAGAAGAGGAAAGUAGAGAUGAGCCUCGAAUUUUGAGGAUAGAAACAACAACCGCUCCAAAACCGAGUCAACCAGAGGUUGUUUUGAGUGAUGCUGAGCAUCCAGUAGAACAGUUCCUAAGGACUGAAAGGAGGCCAGUCAACAAUUACAGGAGUUCAGAAACACUAACAAACAAUUUCUAUCGCACGAAUAGUCACGCUGGCUUGCCAAAGGGUUCAUACCUUUCACCUAAUCCUCUGCAUUUUCAUAUAAGUCGCUUGACAACGACAGAAGAGGUUCAAAUUAAACGUCCUCUUAUAAUAACGAAUAAAGUAUUCCGUGAACGUUUGGCUCAUGCUAACAAAAUAACUUCUCAUAUUCUUAAGGAUAAUGUUAACAUUUUACUGAGAUUUAAUAACUCUCAUUCAGCUGCUAUGGAUAUGCCUCUAAGCACUUUAAGAGGAUUUAUUUUACCAUUUGCUAAAGCUCUAAAUGAAAUGCCCGUUGUUCAUAAUAUUUCUAGUCAAACUUCUUAUAAUAUAAAUGAAAAUGUCAAUUACUCGCCAUUAUAUCGCAAUGCCCAUUCAAAUACGCUUCAUGUUGACAGUAGUGACAAAAUUGAACAAAAUGUUUUGAAAAAUUUACAUGACAGCAUAAUGGCUGAAACAUUAUGCAGUGAGGAAGACGUGAAUGAAAUGUACGAGUUUGAUGAUAAUGAUCGAGCUGAUAUUUGUGAAGGUUUAGCAGAAAUUCCAAUCGAUAUAGCUGAGAACUUUAAUUUUAAUGAUGCUGCUAAUGGAAAAACUCUCGAUUUAUGUGUUGAAAAUUUUUUGAAAAUAAUCAAUGAGUUUUGCAUCAGCUUAGAUUCUAGUAGCUCGAGUGAAAGUGUAACAGAAGAUUUGAAAGACAAUGAUGAGAUAUAUGAUGAAAUUCCAGCUGUUGAAGAUGGUUCUAGUGACAAUGUCAUUGGCAAAUUAGAUGAAAAUGCUGAUAAUAUGCAAGGAAAAUCAAAUGUUAUGCAUCCAGAAGAAAAUCCUUAUUUCGAAAUAUCAAAUAAUCAAGAAAUUAUUCUAGCAGGAGGCACAUCUGCUGAAGUUUCUUCCAGUAUUCUUCAUCAUUAUGGGGCUAGUUCAAAUAAACAUUUGACUAAUGAAGAAAAUGAGGGACUUGGUGGAGAAGACAAGGGAAAUAAUCCACCAAAGGAAAAAGCCAAUACCUUUGAGCAAAAUAAAGAAUUGCCUUUAAAAGGCGUCCCAAACAAAAUCUUUGAAUCAUCUGCAGAAAUCUACCAAGAAGAUUUACUGGAUGAGGAAAAUAAUCCACCAAAGGAAAUAACCAAUACCUUUGAACAAAAUAAAGUAUUGCUUCUAGAGGUCGUGCCAAACAACAUUUUUGAAUCAUCUGCAGAAAUCUACAAAGAAGAUUUACUGGAUGAAGAAAAUAAUUCACCAAAGGAAAAAGCUGAUACCUUCGAACAAAAUAAAGUAUUGCCUUUAGAGGUCGUUCCAGACAAAAUUUAUGAAUCAUCUGCAGAAUUCCACCAAGAAGAUUUACUGGAUGAGGAAAAUAAUCCACCCAAAAAAAAAGUCGAUGCCUUUGAACAAAAUAAAGAAUUUCCUUUAAGAGGCAUCCCAGACAAAAUCUAUGAAUCAUCUGCAGAAAUGUGCCUAGAAGCUUUACCGGAUGCUGAAGUUAGUGAAUUAGCUGAUUGGUUCAAAAAUAAUUCACACCUGACAAUGCUUACACAUGAAGGGGAAGAAAGAUGCCAUGAAUAUGAUUAUUUGCAAAGUGAAAUUGUUCUAAAUAUUAAUUUAUCGUCAAUACCUGAAGAAGUGGAAGAACUUGAUGUAACAGAGAAACAACUGGUUGCAGAAGUGGAUUUUAAUGAUAACAAAAGUAAUGAAAAGUCUGUACAAAUUGGGAUUAAAAAAGAUGAUUUUAGUAAGAAAACUUCAGAAGAAUUAGCUGCUGGUUUGGAUUCUGAAAAUGAUUCCGAUGACUCUAUCAGUUCUGUAAGAACGUACACUAUAGCAGAAGCUCAAGAAGCUGAGGUAAAACAUUCAGACUCGAGUCCGGAGCUAAAACCCAUAGUAAUGUCUUCAACUGAACUUGACUCUAAUGUGCCUCAUCCAAAAAUUUCGGAAAAUUUACCUUUUUUCAAAGAAAAUAAAGAACUUGGUAGAAAUUAUGAGCCAGAUGAUUCACCCCCAAAACCAAAUCAUGCUUUAUCCAAAGCCGAGGAAAAUAAGGAAUUUUCAACUGAAUUAGUUACUGGGUUAAAUACUAAUGAGCCAGAUCAUUCACCACCAAAACCAGAUCAUGCUUUAUCCAAAGAUGAUUUAAGUACGGAAAUUCCAGAUGAAUUAGCUGCUGGUUUAGAUAUUGGAAAUGUUUCCGAUGACACUAUUAGUUCUGCAAGAACGUACACUAUAGCAGGAGUUCAACAGGCUGAGGAAAAACAUUUAAAAUCGAGUUCAGAGCUAAAACCCUUAGGAAUAUCUUCAACUGCACUUGACCCUAAUGUGCCUCAUCCAAAUAUUUCUGAAAAUUUACCUUUUAUGAAAGAAAAUAAAGAACUUGGUAGAAAUUAUAAGCCAGAUGAUUCACCACCAAAACCAGAUCGUGCUUUAUACAAAGCCAAUGAUAAUAACGAAUUUUCAACUCAAUUAGUUACUGAUUUAAAUGCUAAUGAGCCAGAUCAUUCACCACCAAAACCAGACCAUGUUUUAUGCAAAGAUGAUUUCAGUAAGGAAAUUCCAGAUGAAUUAGCUGCUGGUUUAGAUUUUAGAAAUGUUUCCGAUGACUCUAUCAGUUCCGCAAGAACGUACACUAUAGCAGCAGCUCAACAAACUGAGGAAAAACAUUUAAAAUCGAGUCCAGAGCUAAAACCCUUAGGAAUGUCUUCAACUGAACUUGACCCUAAUGUGCCUUAUGCAAAAUUUUCUGAAAAUUUACCUUUUAUCAAACUUGGUAGACAUUAUCAGCCAGAUGAUUCACCACCAAAACCAGAUCAUGCUUUAUCCAAAGACAAUGGGAACAAGGAAUUUCCAACUAAAUUAGCUGCUGAUUUAAAUGCUAAUGAGCUAGAUCAUUCAUCACCAAAAUCAGAUCAUGCUUCAUCCAAAGACAAUGAGAAUAAGGAAUAUUUAACUGAAUUAGCUACUGAUUUAAAUACAAAAGUCUUGUUUAACGAGACUAGUACGACAUCUAAAAACAAAAAAUCAGAUGAAAACGAAAAAGAAACUUCACCAGCAAAAAGUCCACCUAAUCAAAAACAAAUUUCCUCAACCAUAUUUGUUGAGCAUUUGAUGACUGAAGAACUUGGUGAAGAAAAUCUUGAUAAUAAUUCACCAAAUGAAAUGGUGAUGCAACAUAAAGAACACGAUUCAUUAAUAAUUCCUGGGAAAGACAAAGAAAAUGAUUUACAAUCUCAUCUAGUAAUUGACAACUAUAAAGAAGACAUUAUAAUGCCUGAAGAAACAAAACACUCUACAACCCCUACUACUUGCAAAAAUAUUGAUAAUCGAGCUGCACAUACUAUAAAAGAAGUCCGACGUGUUUUGACGUAUCUUUCAGAAAGUGUCGAUAAAGGAAUUGCAGAUGCAUCUAUUAGCAGUGCAGCACCUCAGAUUGAUGAUCGUGUUAAGCAAUUAGGCACAAUUAUAAGAGAUUAUGUCGUUGAAGAGGGUUUUGAAAUAGAAGAAAUGGUCGUGUUUCCUGAAUUACCCGACGACAGUCAUUUAUCAAAAUUGAUCUUGCAACUCUUGAAAACUUUUACUGCGUCAUUCCCCGAUUGGCUGUCUCCGGACCAGAGGAGCGAUUUGAGACUUGCAAUAAGCAAUUACGUAAUAGAUUUGCUUAAUGUUGAUCCGAGAUUUGACGAUAGCGGUUCCAGUGACAACACUUUAAAUAUUUCUGAUAAGGUGUUCACAAUUUCCGAAUACGUUUCUGAGAUUUUAAAUGUAUUUUUUGGAGAGAUUUAUUCUGAUCAUGGCUUUUUUAUGUUUUCGAAACAAGUUUCUGAGGACAUGAUUGCCCAAUCUACCCCGAGUGCUAAAAGGUCAAUUAACCAAGUUGAAAGUGAUUAUGUACAUAAUUGUAUAACUACGUUUAAAAAAAAAUCAACAAAGGCAUCGGAAUCUCUAUGGAUAAGUAUAACUUCCGAUAAACCGUCUCCCAUUGCAAAACCACAAACAAAAACUAUUGUUAAUGUUGACGAAAUUCCUUUACGCCCUCCACCAGAUUUAGACCCUAAUCCGUCUACAUCAAAUGUUCGUGUUAAUCUUUUCAACAGUGAUUUGUCUGAAAGUUUCACUAUUGGCAAUAACAGUGAUGAAGAUGGCAAUACAAUUGCAGGUUAUGAGAUUCUUAGUGUUAUAAACCUUUCUGACUGUGACAGGAAAAAAAAAGAUGACAAAAAAGAGCAAUCGGAACCGCCUUCAUCAACUACGAGAGAUAAUGUUCGUGUUAAUCUGUUUAACAGUGAUUUGUCUGGAUGUUUGACUAUUGGCAGUGAAACUGGCAAUUCAAUUGCAGAUUAUGAGAUUCUUGGUGUUAUAAGCAUUAGUGAUUCUGAGAGUGAAAAAGAGGAUGAAAAAAAGGAGGAAUUGGAACCGCCUUCAUCAAUCAUGAAGGAUGAUGUUCGUGUUAAUCUGUUCAACAGUAAUUUGUCCAAAGAAUGUUUCCCUAUUGGCAGUAACAAGGAUGAAACUGGCAAUAAAAUUGCAGAUUAUGAGAUCCUUGGCAGUAGUGAUUCUGAGAGUGAAAAAACGGAGGAAUUGGAACAACCUUCAUCAACCAUGAAGGAGAAUGUUUGUGUUAAUCUGUUCAACAGUAAUUUGCCCGAAUGUUUCCCUAUUGGCAGUAACAAGGUUGAAACUGGCAAUACAAUUGCAGAUUAUGAGAUCCUUGGCAGUAUUGACUUUGAAGAUGACAAAAAGGAGCAAUUGAAACCGUCUAACAUUAAUAUUGUUGCUAGCACCGAGAUACAUUUUUGUCGUACCAAAUCUUUCAACACUGAAAAAGUUGUUUUUGCUACUGAUGUUGUUUUCACAAGGCAGGACAAUAAGGAAAACCUUACACCUGAAGAUGAUGGAGGCGAUUGGUUGUUAGAAGCCAAAUUUUGACAAUACAUUCGUAUUUGUUAUUAUAUAUUCUUAUUUUAUUGUUUCAUUUAUCCUAUAACGCUAUUAAAAUAAAUAAUAUUACACGCAACAAAGAAAAAACUAAUUUUUAGUUUCGUUUAUUAACCAGAGCAGUUGAAUGAGUUUUGAUUUUUCUUAGUUUUAAAUAUUUAAUUAUUUUGUGCUUGUGUGUUCUGUAUUUAAUAAAAUUUAUUAUUGGUAAUGAUUGCCUUAUGUUUUCGCUUGUUAUUUUGUACGGAUAAGAAAGGAGCGUAACAAAAAAGCCUGGUUGGUGCUGGACAACCGUAACAGGUAACCAAAACUAAUGAUUAAAUAAUUUUUUUGUUUGGGAUACUAAUCGAUACAUUUAAAACGUAAAAUUUACUAAAUUUUUUCUUUAGGUGAAAAUACAGUCAACGGAGACCAAUCGGAUGCUCACAUGAGUACUUUGUCACAGAGUAGUAAAGAGGACCGCUCCAUAUCCGAAGGAUCGCCCAAAAAAGACAAAAAAAAGAAGAAAGGUUUGAGAACUCCGUCAUUCCUAAAGAAGAAGAAGGAAAAAAAAUCACGCGAAGCAUAAUAAGGCACUGCCGAAGACAUAAUAAAUAAAUAAUUAACCGCCUCCUCCAUCGAGACUGCCAGCGACAUAUUUUGUUUCUUUUUAUUAUUAUUAAUUAAUGUACUAGGUAGCGCAGCAGCUAGAAUCUAUGGCGUGUCACAACGGUCUACUAAUAAAAAAAUUGAUAAAUAUUUAAUAAAAAACAUAAUUAUAUUAUAUUGAUUAUUAUAUUUUUAGCUUUAAAUUAUAAUAUUAUGUACAGGAAACAAGAUUUUUUUUAAAAGCAGGAAAACAAGAUAAUGUAUUAAAGUGAUGUUAUAUUAAUUAAUUAUGAGACUUAGUCUUGAAAAACAUAAUAAACAAUUUGAAGCAUAUUAGGGAGGGUGCUGGAACUAGAACUUUUAAUGAGAAGAAAUUCAAUUCUUCAAUUUAACAUUCCCUUACUUUUAUUAUUAACAACGCAGCUAAGCAAUCCUGACAUUUUCUUAAUAGUUCUAGUUCCAAAAGGCAAAAGCUUGCUAAACUGCGUUGAUUAUGACAUUUUUAGGAUUAAUUUUAUAAGGGCUGCUGCGAAAAUUAUUGCUAUAAUAAUGGAUACAUAAUAAUAUUUUAACGUUAUUUAGGAUAUUUUCUAUUUUUCUAUUAGAUUUUAGUUGUUAAACGCAGUACUAAUUAGGGCUUAGCUUCAAGUUCAAAGGCAGUUUAGGAGAACAAAGUAGAGGGCAUCACCCCUUGUUUAAGUAAUUUAAGUUGUUUAUUUUGUGCAAUAUUUAUUUUGAUUUUUUUUUAAUGAUUGUGCGUUUCUAUUUUUGAUAAUGUUUAAUAUUGAGUGAAGACCAAACUGACAAAUUUAUUAUUAUCGAGAGUUUAUUUUCUAUAAUAGUGUUUUUAUUAUUUAUGUAAAAAAAUAUAGCUUACAACUGUCUUAUUUUGCUGUUAUGUCUUUAUUAAAACGAAAGGAGUGUAUGAGAAAAAAAAAACCAGACACCACGAUUUUGCCAUAGUAACUAUUGAUUAUUGUCAUACACACUUUUUUCUUACAAAAUGCAUCAGGUGAGGGAUCUAACACUAAAACUUUAUAUUAUUUUUGUUUUUUAUUUUAGGUUUUUUUGACUAUAGUUAAUGUUUUGCACAAAAAAAAAAAGAUACUCCUGUUAUAUUAUACAUAUUUUUGUUUUCUUAAUAUUUAAGAAAUAAACAGCUUUUUCUUGGUA